AUGUGGCUAUUGCUUAAAGAUCCAGGAAUGAGUGAGGGAAAGCGCGCUGUAAAAGGCAACGAACAAGGAGACCGGCAUGAAAUGAAUCGCUGUCGUGAAUAUGAGCAAGAUUUCAUUGUAGAUGCAUUCGACGAGGAGUUCUGGUUUAGGCUUGAUCCAUUUAUCAUGAUCAAGGUCCAUCAAAAGCAGAACAAAGGGUUGUCAUGGAAUAGAGCUAUGGAUGAAGUUCAUGUUGAGAAAUUGAUUUCGAAAUACAAGGACAGCGGAGAACUCGAAAGCGAGGAUCCAGCACUUUUAAUGUUGAAAAAGUGGCCUGCAUCUGAACAGUACAAAGAUAAUCCCGAUGAUCAAUUGGCGGAACCUGUGAAGAAAAGAGCCAUGUUGCCAGUGGAAUUGGCAAUGGAAGGAGAGAAAGACAAUGUGGCCGCAUUUCUGAUCAGAGUUAUGUCACACGAAAGGUAG